CGCGCACGCCGUGUACAGCAGCUCAGAUUUCCGAUGCCGCUCUUGCUACAAGAACUACGAGUCAUAAUGAAGACGUCCUAAUCGACUUUCACGUAAUCAGGAUCUUGCCAGCUUUGCAUUUGGGGCUCCUGCUGAAUUGGGCCUCGAUUUAAGUGUCCCGGGGACGGCGAGUCAAGUCAGGUUUCUUACCACGGCAAUUCGUUAAUUUUAGACAUGUCCAAUCCAGACGUGCCAUGGAAGCGCUUUGUCGGCGAAAAACGAAUUGCUGCUGAGCUGAAGGCCUUGCAACGCUCGCCCCUUGCCUCCGGGGAUGCACCCCAAGUCUCGCAUAUCCAUCUGGUCGGUGAUAACCUCUUCUGCUGGCGCUUUCGGGUCAAGCACUUUGAUGAGGAUGUGCCCAGCGGCAAGCAGCUCAAUCGCGACCUACAAGAGCUCGGCCGCCAAUACGGACAGGACUACCUGCUAAUGGAAGUCAACUUUCCCCCCGACUACCCAACACACCCGUUCUUCCUGCGUGUGGUGAGCCCCCGCUGCGUCAUGUACAGCGGCCACGUCACCGCUGGCGGCUCCAUCUGCAUCGAGGCGCUGGUGCCCAGCGGCGGCCCCGGCGGCUGGCGGCCCGACUACUGCUUGGAGGGGCUGCUGGUGCUGGUGCUGGCGAACAUGCUGCACGCAGAGGUGGCUGCCGUACGCACCGCAACCGGGCCGGGUGGUAUGGCUGGCCCCCUGCGUGUGGACCUCUCCCGGGGCCGCUACUGCCUGUGCGAGUACUCCAAGGCGGAGGCGCAGGCGGCGUACGACAGGACGGUGCAGAACCACGGGUGGAGCAGCAGCCGUGGCGGCCCGCAGGGAGCCGCUGCUGCUGCUGCUGCUGGCCGGAUGCCGCUUCCCGCUGCUGCUGCUGCUGCUGCCGCUGCUGCCGCUGCGCCCCCUGCGCCCGCGGCUCCGGUGAUGGGAGCAGCAGCAGCACUUGCCUUCGUCUUUGCUGCACCCCUGCCGCAGCAGCCUCAAGCCCUGCCUGCUGCUGUUCAUACGGUCCCUGUUGCCGCUGCGGGUGCUGCCGCUACUGUGAGCGCGGCGGCUGGAGGUUCCUCGGCGCUUGACGCACCCGCGUCACGGACAAGAGGACGCACCAGGGCCCAGCAGCAGCAGCCGUCGUUAGCUGCGGCACAGUCAUCCGCCACCGGUAUCACCACCGCAACGAGUGGUGAUGGCACAACCGACAAACGGAAGUCUGUUCGCACCCGCAGGGCUAACGUGGAUGCCGCAGCCGCAACGGUACCUUCUGCUGCUGCACCCGCUGCUGCCCCCGCUGCUGCCGCUGCUGCCCCCGCGCCCGCAUCCGCGCCUGCUCCCCCACCCGUUCCGGCGCCAGCGGCCCUGGCGGCGGCCGCACCUGCGUCCCGCGCUGCUGCACCAGCACCUCCUGCCCCGGUCGAGAUCGUUGUGCUCUCAAGCGAUGACGAAGACGACGUCUCUUCGCCGCCAGAUGCCAAGAGCGCGGCGCCUCGGCGACCGCCCCGACACCCGGCACCCCAGAGCGGCGGCGCAGGCGGUGCCGGUCCAUCCAACGCCCGGGCAGCGGUGGCAGCAGCAGCAGGAGGCGCUUCCGCAGCAGCAGCAGCAGCAGCUUCUGCUGUCGCUGUACCGGUGGCCGUUGGACAGAAGCGCCGGGGAAGAGCGGGAGCAAACAGGGCACAGGAUGCGGAUGUGGUCCUCCUGUUGGACGAGGAGGACGACGAUGAGGUCGUUAUUCUGAACGAGCGUGCGAAGCGGCGGCGCAUGGGGCCGGACGUCGUCGACUUAACUACCACGGCCGUUGCAGCAGGUUUACCACGGGAGGGAGGCGCGGGACCGGGAAUGCCGCUUCCUGGGGCGGCGGCGGCAGGAGCGGCAUCGCUGGCCGCAGCCGUGGUAGCACCAGUGGCGGCGCGUACCGGUAUCCUGUCAGCGGGUGCUGCUGCUUCUGCGGUGAUCCGGGGCGGCGGUAGCGGUGGCGAUGAUGACGUCAUUGCGGUUGUGGAGCGGGCUGCUGCGGACGCAGCCAUGGCGGCCAUACUGGAGCAGCUGGAGGCGGCGAAGGCCAAGUGCGAGGAGGAGCGGCGGGCACGAGAACGCCUGGAGGCAAAGAUGCAAGACCUGGCGGCCAGGGCACUGCUAGCUGCGGCAGCCCCCCCGGGCGGCGGCGGCGCCGGCGGCGGCGCAGGACCCAGCAGCGGCGGCGGCCCCAGCGGCCCCGGCGACGUGUUGUUGUCCGCUCCGCCCCCGGCCUACUGGGAGCCCAUGCGGGAGGCGGAGGGCUUCGGGGUGAAGCUGGUGGUGCUGCCGCUGCCAGGCGACAAGCAGGGCGGCACCAGCAGCAUGGCCGCCCCCGGCUCCGGCAGCCCCCUGGCGCCGCCCCGCCUCUCCGCCGCCGCGCUGUCGGAGCUGCAGGCCAACGGGCUCAGCCGGGAGGACGCGGCCGCCCUGCUGCAGCACUGCAACGGCGACCGGGGGGAGGCCCUGCGGCUGGCCAUGGAGGCGGCGGACUGCGGGGGCAUCAUGGCGCUGCUCCGACGCCAGCGGAGCGCCGCUGCAGCCGCCGCGGGGGGCAGUGCGGGGGCGGCGGCCGCAGACGAGGCGGCAGCCAGGGCCGCUCGGGCAGCGGCGCUGCGGCGGGAGCUGGAGCGGGUACUAGCUCGCUUCGAGAAGGCCAGCGGUCACUCCCGCAGCCGGGUGGUGCGAGUGGAGCGGGUGCAGAACUGGCGCCUGUGGACCAAGUACUGCAUCCGGAGGCGGUAGGGAGGCGCGCGCUGGCGACACACGGCAACAGCCCCCCUCCUCCUCCUCCACUAUAUGAGAAGUCUAUAUCAGACAGCCCUCGUCCUCCCUAGUUCCCUGUGAAAUUACUUGAAUGCACUACUACUGCUGACUGGCUGACUGCUGCUGCUUGCUGCGGCGCCGCUUGUUAGCCCUGGCCCUCCUUGACCAAACGAAACGCCUCGGCCUUUCCUCUCCGACCCUCUCCGCAGCGAGAUUGAGGCGUGCGCCCGGCAGCACCCGCAGCAGCACCCGCAGCAGCACCCGCAGCAGCACCCGCAGCAGCAGGCGGCCACUGCAGCGGCUGUUUGGGCGCCUCCCGGUCUGAACGAGUUCUACAUGUGGCAUGGCACCUCCAAGGAGGUCAUCAAGACCGUGAUCACGGAGGGCUUCGACCUCCGCGUGUCCAACAGGGCGGCGCCCUGGGUGAGGGUGUGUACUUCGCGGCCAACUCCAACUACAGCGUCGCCUACUGCAACAAGCUACCCAUAGCGCCGUACCCGGCACCCGCGCCCGCGCCUGCUCCGCCCGCGGGCUGGGCCGGGGCUGGCAGGGCAGGCGCUCCCCGAUUCCUCCCGCCAUUUGGAGUGGGGUUGGCAGCGGCUGCAGGCGCAGCGGCUGCGGCUGCGCAGCCUGCGCACGCCGCAGCAGCAGCUGCAGCUGCUGCCAUGAGCUCCUUGCAGGGCUGCUUCCCAGGCAUGACGGGCGCUUUGAUGCUCUGCCGGGUGGCUCUGGGCCGCAUGGCUCUGGGGGGCGCCUGCAUCCGCAAACCGCCCGCCGGGUCCGACUCGGUGUACUUGCAGGGCACGCUGCAUGGUCCCGCCGGUGCAUGGAACAGCGCAAGGAGGCAGCCGGGGGAUGUUGGUGGUGACGACGCGGCGUUGUGGGACAUUGGCAGCAGGCUGGGGGACAAUCUGGUGGUGGCGGUGUUCGACAACGCGCAGGCCUACCCCGAGUACAUUGUGCACUUUAAUUAGUGUGUUGGUGUUUGGGGGGGGGGCGCGGACAGCGGGUUGAUGUUUGGGGGUAAAGAGGAAGCAACGAACUGACCGUGUGGUAAGGCGUCAUCAUGGCUUGCAACAUGUGAGCCAGCCCCACCCGCCCAGCUCGGUGGCGGAGGCGGCACCUUGCACGUGUGCGGCUGCGCAAGGCCGGUCUCGUGACGGCUUACGAAGCGGUGAGAGACGGGCCCAGACCGCUUCUUGGUGUUGUACACAUACCGGUAAUCAGAGCAGAGAGGGUACUUGCUUAUUAUCCAACACUUGCCUACAUUUGUUAGCCGGCUGUGCACCCGGCGGGUGGGAGCUGCAGGGCUUACGUCUUAGACUGAUAGUUACACGCAGGAACGCUUAUAGCAGGGAGCAUGGUCAAGCGUAGGUGCAUGUGCGGGGCAGGAGGGUAUGCUAAAUAGGAGUAGGAGAGUAGGAGUAGGCCUGGCAUUCUGUCCGCUUACAGAUGGUGUAGGAAGGUAGGAGGUUUUAGCUGUACGACAGGUUUGCCUGCUUGCGAGGUGUUGUACGCUGGCAGGUAUAUGCUAGCAAGCACUCGCAAAUGUGCUGUGUAGUUGAGUAGGACAAGAGCAAGCAAUUGGGAGAGGUUCGCAUGUGAACCGCGAGUACAGGCAGAACAGAGGUGAAUCCUGUUGCAUGCCGAGACUAAUGAGACCGUCGCCUACCGAUAUGUAUGGUUUCAGCUAGGUUCUCCAAGCAAAAUGCGUUGUGAGUUCUUUUGCUGGUCUACUGUUCUUUAUUGGAGGCUAUGUGUGCUUUGCCUCGAUUACAUAACAUGCCGCCAACCCAUGGCAUGGCUAGCCGUUUGUCUAGGUUUGCCAUACCGUAGCCUAUGUGUGUCUCAUAGGACUCAUACCCCGAAGGUUUUACUAAUAGCGGUGUGGCACUCCUGCUGUAAGCCUGGGCGGUUACUGACAUGUAUUAACAAGCUG